AUGAUCUACCAGCAACGUGUUCCUCACAUAAUGAUGCUUUGCAGAAACGUGGAGGACGAAAGGGAUAAGUGUGCUCGCUACUGGCCGAGUGAGCCGGAACAGGGAGCGGUUGAGACAUUUACAUCGGAGCAUCAUACUGUUACGGUUACUUUCCUCGAGAUUGAACUCCUGGAAUCUGGUGUGCGUCGUGUAAUCUCCAUUCAUCCUCAUGAUGAGAAAGAUCCUUGGACAGUCACACAAAUUCAAACUUUCGUGUGGGAAGAUUUAAAGUGUAUGGAAAUGGAUGAAUACUAUGAAUUGCUGAAACUGCACAUGGAACUCAAUACCAAAUACCCAAUAGGCGAAUAUGGUCCACCAGUAGUUCACUGCAGUGCUGGUGUUGGCAGAACAGGAACACUUAUUUGUGGACGAUUCCUUCUUGAACAACUGAGAAGAGAUCCCUCGAAAAUUGAUGUAGUGGGUACAGUGUUGGCUUUGCGACGAUGGAGAAUGCUUACGGUGCAGACUAUAGUGAGUUGA